AUGACCAAGAGGGUAGCUAUAAUCGGCGCCGGCCCUUCAGGUCUAGUCACAGCCAAAACCCUUCUACACAAUUUCCCCCAAGGAACAUUCUCCCCAGUCAUAUUUGACAGCCGACAUGAGAUCGGCGGUCUAUGGCCGGCAGGGUUUCCAGCCUCUGAUACCAAGAUUGAUGGCACGCCGGGUACAUUAGAUCUGCGCAUGCGGACGAAUCUUAGUCGUUUUACCGUUGCGUUUUCCGAUCUUUCUUGGGGGUCUGUAUUCCCUGGUGAGGACUUGCCGUUGUUUCCGAGGGCUAGUCAGGUUGGUAGUGCACAUGGAGAUCAGACAUACUUCGAUUCUCCUGAUGAUAAAGUCUUUUCAGAAGACUUUGACCUACUGGUUAUAGCCUCAGGUUACUUUGCCGAGCAGUAUAUCCCAGAUAUACCAGGUCUAGAUCAAUUUCCUGGACGGGUCAUUCACAGUUCUACCCUUCACCGUGAGCGAGACAAUCUCACGGAUGUCACUUCCCAAGGCCAAAUCGUCAUUAUCGGCGGCAGCAUGUCAGGGGUCGAAGCUGCAUCCGCCGUAGCCCUCCACCAGUCCUCAACCGCACUAUCAACUGAGCAAAUACACCCCUCUGCAGCGAAAGUCCACCACAUCCACUCAAGAUCAUUCUGGGCUCUCCCAACCUAUCUCCCCCAGGAUUCCGAAGAAACUGCUUCAUUCCUACCCUUGGACUUGGCAAUGUACGAUCUAGCCCGUCGACCACCUGGCUCGAUCGAAUACGCGCUAGGUCCUAUCACAGAAGAAAAAGCAAUCCAGACCAACAGCUAUUUCCAGACUUUGCUUGGGAGCGACUAUGAGAGAUAUGGUCAUAUGGGUUUCACACAGGAUAGUGAUAAGAAGGUCCAGCCACCGUGGGUUGCUAUAGGAAAUGACUAUGCCGAGUUCGUGCGAGCUGGGACGAUCCAAGCAGCCAUGGGCCGGGUUGUUUCCGUAAAAUCGAACCCCGAUACUAAACUCGCUUCGGUCGAGUGCAUACUGUCCAAUGGAGAUGCAGUGAUGAUAGAUAAUGUGGCAGCUAUUGUCAUGGCUACGGGAUUUAUGCCUUACAAAUCCCUCUCAUUGUUACCAGAAGAUGUAUUGUCUGCUCUGGAAUACUCCACAGGAGAUCCCUUCUCACCUUUGAUCCUGGAUAAAGGGGGUACUGUCCGCUCUGAAAUUCCAGAUGUUGGUUUUGUUGGGUUUUACCGUGGUCCUUAUUGGGGUGUUAUGGAGAUGCAAGCGAGAUAUCUGGGGAAACUGUGGUACGGGCAGGAUGAGGCUGUUGUUUGCCAAACGCAUGAUCAGAGGGAAGGACUUCGGAGUCUUAGACGGGCUGAUCCACAUUUUGCUCGUGGUCAAUUUCCUAUGGCGGAUUAUGUGGGAUUGAUGGAGUCUUUUGCUAGGGACUUGGGGAUUGAACGUUCUAUACUAUCGGGUGAUAGCCGGUCUGGACCUGUUGUUCCAGCUCGGUAUCUUUAUGGCACUGAGACAACACGGUCCAAUCGAGACGAAGACCUCGCUGUCUGGAACAAGGAGGCUGUGAGAACGUUGGAUGACUUGCGAGAUAGUCUAACCUAUCAUCAUGACGCAGCACAAAAGGCUGCCGCAUCAGCAAUCUUUCGUGCUCUGCAUGGGUCAUGGAGAUCCACCAAGCAAACCGCCGGUUCAAAUGCUUCUGAGAGUGGAGGGUUCAUUGGGAAUCUUACAUUCUACCCGCGGUAUCCAACCAGUCCUGUAUACGACAGAGAAUAUCUCUGCGAGGAGAAUACCCCGAUUGAGCAUGCAACCCCGCAGGAAAGAAAACGGUUUAUCAUGCGCCUGGCCGAGACAGCGUCUGAUACCGCUACCUCUCGAAUCGAAAUUUGGUCAGUUGACUUGGCAGACAAACUGUCAGCUGGUAUACUUGUCCAGAAUUUGGAGUUGGAGCCUCUGUGGCGAGAAAGGAGAGGUCAAGAGGCUGUUCCGGGGGAGUAUGUGAUAGCUGCCAAGAGUCUUGGGUCGAGUUCUGGAACUAGGUGUCUGUAUACUUUCCGGUUCAAGGGAGUGUCGAUUUCAUCUUGGCGAUAUGCCGAGUUCGAGAAACACUAG